CAAAUCCCGGAGGCUCGCAGCCGCCCAGUAGUGGAGUGGAUUGCACCUGACCGCAGCAGCAACAUGGCCUCCAUCGACGACAAGCGCGUGACGACCAAGGAAGACGAGGACGAGUUCCUCAACGGCCCGCUCUCGCUCCUCAUGCAGAGCGUCAAGAACAACUCGCAGGUGCUCAUUAACGUGCGCAACAACCAUAAGUUAUUGGCCCGCGUCAAGGCGUUCGACCGCCAUUGCAACAUGGUGCUCGAAAAUGUCAAGGAGAUGUGGACAGAGGUCCCCAAGACGACCAAAGGCAAGGGCAAGCCGAAGAACGUCGAGCGCUUUGUGAGCAAGAUGUUUCUCCGUGGCGACUCGGUCAUCCUCGUCCUGCGCAACCCGCACAACUAGAUGAGGAUGGUUGCGCUGCCUGAAUAACAUAAAUACACCGCGCAAAGCACUA